UUUUGCAAACUUGUGCACUGAUGAGAGUGCUAUUGAAACACAUUGUUAAGAAAGCUUUUCAACACGCAAAUGUGUCAUUUCCUUUCUUCAUGUCCAGAUGCUGAAAUACUAUGUGAUAAAGAUUUUAGGUUUCAAUUGUAAAGAGAGGGAAGUGGCUAAAUCAGUGCUGCUGUCUUUGGGACAAAAGUAUGGAACAGUGGGCUCGCUUACCCGAACCACAGGAGGACACUGGCAGCUGUACAGAAUCCGUGAGGUUUGAUGCUCGCUCCAUGACAGCUCUGCUUCCUCUGAAUCCUAAAAAUGGCCCUACACUUCAAGAGAAAAUGAAGUCCUUCAAAGCUGCACUGAUUGCCCUGUAUCUUCUUGUGUUUGUGGUUCUCAUGCCUGUCGUCGGAAUAGUGGCAGCUCAUCUCCUCAAGUGGGAAAUGAAGAAUUGCACAGUUGGUUCAGUUGAUGUAAAUGGUGCAUCUCAAAGUCUCACAGGGAAAGGAAAUGACAGUGAAGAUGAAAUGAGAUUUCAAGAAGUUGUUACGGAACACAUGAACAACUUGGAGAAGAGGAUCCAAUAUAUUUCAGAUAAAGAAGCCAAUCUUAUAGAUUCAGAGCAUUUCCAGAAUUUCAGUGUGAUGACUGAUCAAAGAUUGAAUGAUGUUUUUCUCCAGCUAAGUUCCUUGGUUUCCUCAGUCCAGGGGCAUGGAAAUGCCAUAGAUGAAAUCUCCAAGGCAUUAAUAAGUCUAAAUACCACAUUGCUUGAUUUACAUCUCAAUAUUGAAACACUGAAUGGCAAAGUUCAAGAGAAUGCCUUUAAGCAAGAAGAGGAGAUGAAUAAAUUAGAGGAGCGUGUGUACAAUGCAUCAGCAGAAAUUAUGUCUAUGAAAGAAAAACAAGUACAUUUGGAAAAGGAAAUAAAAGGAGAAGUGAAACUAUUGAAUAACAUCACUAAUGACCUCAGACUGAAAGAUUGGGAGCAUUCUCAAACACUGAAAAAUAUCACUUUGAUUCAAGGUCCUCCUGGACCCCCAGGUGAAAAAGGAGAUAGAGGUCCCACUGGAGAAGGUGGUGCAAGAGGCAUUCCAGGUCCAAUAGGUCCUCCAGGUCCUAAAGGUGACCGGGGAGCAAUUGGUUUUCCUGGAAGCCGAGGAUUCCCAGGAUCACCGGGGAAGACGGGGAGGCCAGGAAAUUUUGGACAAAAAGGCCAGAAGGGGGAAAAAGGGAGUGGAAGCACACAAAGAGCAGUACAACUCCCUGAUCGUGUUUGGGCAGGACCCUUUUAAGAUCAGGUGGGUUGGGCAGGACACCCUCUGCUACCAUCUCAUUAAAAGGCCCUUCACCUCUGGACAAGGCAUCAGCACAACUGAUUCCAAGAUCCCAGUGUGGCUCCUCCAAAUGACCUUGGUUCUCGUGUGUGCCGGCUUCCGCAUGGCUUCCUCUGAUGGCCGUUGGUGAUGUUUGGGCCUCUGCUCCCAUGCUUGUACCCCUCCCCAUUCUCGUACCCCACCAUCCCCUGGGAUCCUCAGUUGGGAGGCCAAACAUUGUCCUGUGAGCCAGGCCAGGAGCCCUCUGCCACCCGCUCAUCUGCUCUCUUGCUAAACCUGAUGUAACCCAUUGGGUUCUAGGGGAAAUCUCAUGGAUACUGAUUAGAUGUGGGUUCUUUACAUGCAAAAACACUAUCUCAACCAGCAGUAGGGAUGACAUGAAAGAAAGCCCAUUCAUUCAUUCAUGCAUUCAUUCAGCAUAUGUUCAUCAUAUACCUCCUGGAGUUGGAUGUAACAGGAAAUAAGAGAGUUUUUACAAAACCAAUUGUCUCUGAAAGCCACAGACAUGUAAAAAGGCAAUUAAACAAUACAGCAGAACUGUAUCGGGGGAAGAACAAGGCUCUUUCGGUGUUUGGAGGAGAUCAAGAUUUUUAAAUUCCUUAGAAUUUUUUUUUUAAUGAUUUUGAUUCACUUAGUUUACCUUGCCUUCUUAUUCUCCAAAUCACAGCAUUUUUUUUCCAAGUUUUAUGGUGAGCUAAGUGGCGCUUAGACAGUUCAAUAACACACUUGAGCCCAAAAACAAAACUGGUUUCUUUAAAUUACCCAGCCAUUUCAAGCAAGAAUAUUUUGAUCAUAAAAAAAAAUGCUGAUAAGUUUUUUAUGCUAAAAAGCUUUUUGCAUUUUAUGCUUAUAAUAUCCAGUAUAGAUCCAGGAGAAAAAUCUUAUAGUAGAUAUUUUGUGUAGCUGAAAAAAGUGAUGAAAAUGAGAAAGGAAAAAUGGUAAGAAAAGGCAGAGAAAAAAAAAGGAAUAGAAAAAAUGUGGGAUACAUGUUACUUGUGCAUGUCUCUAUUAAUUAACAGAUCACAUUUCCACAGUUCUCCUUUCAUUAAAGGCUUAAUAGUUCCAGACUUCACAGCAUUCCGUUUCUGGUAGAAUUCUCAGCCAUGUGCCUUAUCCCUCAUCUUUUCCUUCUCCUGCCCUGUGAAGUGGACAUCUUCACACCUACCUCACAGGGUUGUUGUGAGGGUCACAUAAGAUGCUGUGCACAUGCAGAUGCUCUGUAAAAUCAUAAAGUGCUUUAAACAUGUAA